AUGCUGGUCAGAAGUGAUCAAAAGUUGGCGGUUACAAAAUGGAUGGACAACAAAAGUGUUGUGAUGCUGUCCACUGCACAGUGUAUUGAACCUAGUGACACAUGCUGGAGGUGGUCCAAGAAAGAGAGCAAAUAUUUACAUAUUGAGGAACCCAGUGUAAUAAAAAAUUAUAAUCAGAACAUGGGUGGUGUGGAUAUGGCAGAUCCGCUCAAUUCCUACUGCCCAAUGGGUGCAAGGACCAAGAAGUGGACACUAAGAACAAUAUGCCAUUUUACAGAUGCAGUUUGUAAUUCUUGGCUUCAGUAUAAAGAGGAACAGAAGGAAUCCAACACUCCAGCAAAGGAGAGCUUACAACUGAGAUCUUUUAAGAUGAUACUUGCACUACAGCUUCUGAAUCGAAACAAAACUGUAGGUAAUCAAGAGCAACAAGAGACUCAUAAUGACAAUGCAAGACAAGAAGAACCUGAGACAAGUGCACCAAAAAGAAGGAAACCAAUAACACUGCCACCUCCACAAACCCGAAAGCAAACAGAGCACAUGCCUGAGAUAAUUGAGACAAAAGUAUUUCAAAAAUGUCAUAGAGAGUAUUGUAAAAAGCAUUUUAGAGCAAAAUAUGUAACUUGCAAAGUGUUUUUAUGCUUAAAUGCACAGCGAAAAUGCUUAGCUGCAUUUCAUAGCAGUUGA